CUAAUUAUAUUGAUAAGGAAAGAUAUCAAAAAGAUAGAACAAGUCCAAAACAUGGAAGUCCAAGAAGAUGGAGACCAUUUCAUAAGCUCGCAGUUGGCUGGUUUGGCUAGCGCCCAAAUGGCUCUAAGAGCUGCAAUUGAGCUGAAAGUGUUCAGUAUAAUCGCAGAUGCAGGGCCUGAUGCUCAUCUUUCUGCAGCAGAGAUAACUUCAAAGAUCCCAACAAAAGAUCCAAGUUCUGCAGCAUGCACUUUGGAGAGGAUGCUAAGAGUUCUUGGUGCAAACUCCAUCUUAUCAAUAGCUCGAAAGCCAUUAGGAAAUAAUGGAGAACACGGACGCCAUGAAUGGACCUAUGGCCUGACAAAGAAAAGCCGAUGCUUAGUGAGUAGCAGUACCACCGACGAGGCAACUUUCUCAACUUCCUUCAUCUUAUUUGCUACUGAAAGGGAGGUGCUGGAGAGCCAACGUACGAUCAAGGAUGCGGUGCUUGAUCCUGGAAGCUCGCCAUUCUACAAGGCCUAUGGGGUGAACUUUUAUGACUACAUGGGAGAGAAGCCAAGACUGAGACAAUUGUUCAAUGAGUUUUUGGAAGUUAUCUCUAAAUUAAUUUUUGAGGAUAUGUUUAAGUUUUACGGCGGCUUCAAAGAUUUGAAGGAGUUGAUGGACGUGGGGGGCGGCAUUGGAACCACUCUUGCAAAGAUAACCUCUAUGUAUUCACACGUUCGUGGAUUGAACUUUGAUCUGCCUGAUGUAAUUGCUGCUGCUCCCAACCUCCCAGGUGUAAAGCAUGUGGCUGGAGAUAUGUUCAAAUCAAUCCCAAAUGCCCAAACAAUUUUAUUGAAGUGGAUACUCCACAACUGGGAUGAUGAGCAUUGCAAGAAGUUGUUGAUAAAUUGCUGGGAAGCAUUACCAAGAGAUGGAAAGGUGAUAAUCGUGGAAAUGGCAAUCUGUGAAGCAUUGGGAAACAAUCUCGAGGCAACGGACGUUCUUAUUCAAGACUACUUUAUGAUGCUCCUAAUGAAUGGAGGUAAAGAGCGAACACUGGCAGAAUUCGAGGAUCUGGGAAAAGCUGUAGGGUUUACUAAAAUUAAGAUCUUCCCAAUGCCUCGUUGGUCAAUUCAUGUUAUAGAGUUUCAUAAGUAAUUAAGAGUACUCGUGUGUGAGUUUCAAUCUGCCAGAAUAAAACGAAAUGGUUGAGAAUAAAAUUUAAAGCAAUUGGAGAGCAAACAAAAACAAAAGGAAGACCUAUUGUACCUUAAUUUCGUGCUUUAAUUUCUGUAUAAUAAAAAUAUAACUUUCCAUUGCUUUGUA